AUGGUAAAUAGGCUAAAAAUCUAUCAUUUAUAUGGAUCGUGUGUUAUAAUACCAAGUUGUGGUUUGUUGGAGAUAUUUCAAGCUCUACCUACACACAGUUUCCUUGUUGCUUCUUAUAUUGGCUUUACCGGUGCAGCAGUAUUGUCAUUAUUCACCCUUCCAUUAAAAAAUGUAAUUGGCCAUUUAUAUAUAAGUGAAGAUAAUAAACUAAUUAAAAUCUCUGCAGUUGGAUUCUCUGGAAAGAGAAUAGAUAAAAUAAUCACAGCUAAUGAAUGGACACCAAUUUUAGAUUUGAAACCAAAAAUGACAGAUGUGUUCUAUCUUAGGCCACAAUUGACUGAUGGAACCAAAUAUAAGUUAUUUAUUAAUUUUGGUAUUGUAAAAAAUGCAGCAAAAAUGGGUCAAGUGUUAGAA